AUGGGACUCGACUUUAUCGGACCGGUUCCCCAAUCCUCCAGCGGUGGCAAAUAUAUUUUAGUAUGCACGGAUUAUUUGUCACGGUAUGCCAUCACUGAAGCAACAGCCAACUGCACGGCUGAGACAGCAGCCAAAUUCUUGGUAGAGAAAGUCAUUUCACAGUAUGGUGUGCCUAGACAAUUGUUAACCGAUCGGGAUACUCAUUUCAUGUCAAAUGUUUUCAAAGCAAUCGCAUCUAGGUGUAGUGUCAACCAUACAACAACAUACCAUCCACAAUGUAAUGGUCUCACCGAAAGAUUCAAUGCAACACUCGCUGGAUCACUCGGCACAUACGUGAAUCAACAACAAAGUGACUGGGAUGAGUAUUUACCCUAUGUGACUUUGGCAUACAAUACAUCUAAGCAAUCAACAAUCCAAAUGGAGCCAUUCAAACUCAUGUAUGGUCGUGAAGCACUACUUCCAUUUGACACACCCAGUUCGACUACUCAACUGUCUACCGCAAAUGAUUACUACGCUGAACUCACCAAAUUUUUGAAACAAGCUAAAUCAACAGUACGCGACAACAUCAAACAACAGCAGAAUGUAUACAAGCGAAUCUUGCCGUACGACACCGGACGGCAAGAUUUACCACCAUUGAAACUAGGACAUGGUACAACGAAUGGGCCGAUUGAAUUACCAAGUAAAACACGUACAUGA